AUGAGCUCACCGAUUUCCCACGGGACACAAUCCUGUAAGGACCAAAUCGCCUUUUCUCUAGUCGAUCGUCGAAGUGGAAAGAGAGGCAUUCUCUCCACGAAGACCCCGCGGGCCCAGGACAAGACACCAUGGUUGAGCUACUAUAAACCCGUCGACAACACCGACCAGGACAACAGUGACGACGGUAAUACACAGCCAUCCCAGCCUGAUGAGGAUACCGAGAUAGCACAGGUCGACCGGCUGUUUUCUCUCAUUUCAGAGGUCGCAAAAAAGGCCGACAGGAGAUGUGAAGUUGCAAGUUACAACUGGUACAAGCAUCGGAAAGACAACGCUGAUGAUUCAAAGAGCACUCGGUCUUCUUCAUCAAGCAGGCAAGCUUUCAAAGCCGCGACCUGUUGUGGGAACCACGUCAUCUUGACGCCUGUGUUAAGCCAUAAGAUCAAGGCAGAGGAACUAUGUCCCUUGAAGACCAAGUACUGCCAUUUAUGCCUUGAGGACUUCGCAUCCCGCAAGAAGCUUCAUAAACACCUUCGUCUGGGAUAUGAGACCGCGACUCGACAGACAGACAAAAUGUCUAUUUGCAAGGGCAGGAAGUCGCUGUACCCCCAGUGGCCUACACGCAACUGCUUCGUAUUCAUAUUUGUUCAGACGGUUGCUCAAACCGCCGUCUUCAAGCGAAUGGCUACAACGAACUUACACCAAUGUGUCAAUCUCUCAACAGAGAAGAGCACUCCAUCCACCUCAUCCCCUGUGCCCUUCAUCCUGUUAGAGUCUAUUAACUUGGGCUACCUACGCAGAGAAGGUGGAUGA